AACUAAAUCUUCCUUGUAGUCUUAAAGUAACUAGUGACUCUCUCCUUAUCGUCGUAGUACUGGUCAUUUUCCAGCUGUGAUAGAUCCUCGUACUUUGGUCGAGUUUUAUCCUCUGUGCGCUCGCCACGAAGAUGAAGGUCCUGUUCGAGCCAGAUAAGUGCUAGGGGAUAUAUUGAUCUUGAUUUUGGCACCUCCACCGCAAGCUCCGUCUCCAGCACUGUGUCUUCGCUGUCCUUGUAUUUAACACUGUCCAUCGAAUGCUUGGCGACAAUGCACCCGCCACGGAAAUGGAUAAUUUCGCUCGCCCAGUCGCCCAAACCGUCGAAAAUAUGUGUGGCGUACACGAUGGUGGCUUGUCGUUGUUCAGUUUCCUGGCGCAGAAAUGUCAGCAACCGCGACCGCACCAAAACGUCCAGGUCCACGGUAACCUCAUCUAGGAGUAGCAGAUCCCACGGCUUCAACAGCCCCAUACACAGCUGAACUCUGCGACGCUCUCCAUCCGAGCAUUGGUUCAUUCUCCAGGUUAUGUCAAUGUCCAGCAUAUUUAUUAACAGAUCUCUACGUUCUUUGUAGUUGGUUCCUCCAACAGAGUCAAUAAGCACUGUGACCGGAAUAUCUCGCUUUGUAAUAUCGUUAGACGCCCAUUCAGUGCCCAGGUAUGUGAUGACGCCUGAAUUGCCUGCAGAGGCCAGUUUGAACGGGUCUCUGCCAUUGAGUAAUAGCCUUCCCUGUCUUAUGAGUUUUUGGCCUGCUAGGACACGAAGCAGAGUCGACUUUCCGGCCCCAUUUGGCCCAACCAGUAAAACACGCGACCCGGGCUUGAUGUCAAGGUUGAUGUCGUAAAGCCCGACUUUGUUGGAUGGGAAGGUGUAGCAAAGAUUUUCUGUGUAAAUGGACAUUUGACAAAAAAAACAAUUUUGAUAUAUUUUGUCUAAUGAACUCUAACGACAUAUUCGACGAGGAAAUCGACCUAAACGAAGAAGAGGAGGAAGAAGAAGAAGAAGUGGACGAGCCGUCUGUGCCCGAAGAUCAGGAGGAAGACGAUCAGGACGACGAUGAGGAAGGAGAUGAGGACGAGGAGGAGGAAGAAGACGGCGAAGGUGAUGACGACGAAGUAGAAAUGGACGUCGAUGAGCAAGAGCCUUUGCAGGAGCAACCCGUUGCUGAGGUUGACGAAAACGGGAAAGAGAAACCUGCGGAAAAACAAAUAAAGGAGAAAUCAACAGUCAGCGUUCGACAGUCGUUGAUAGAGCGUGCGCGCAACCUGAACGUGCUGGAGAUCUACCCCAUCGUUGCAAUUCCGUAUUCUUCACCAGUGCACUCAAUUGCGCUUACCAAGGGUCCUCGAUGGCUUUUCACCGGCGGAGAGGAUGGAUUUAUUCGAAAAUUCGACCUGUUUGGGUCGGUGGAAGGAAAGUCGCCGCUCACUUCUGCCCAGAAGCACCAAUUGGUGGAUUCCAUCUCCUACGGAGGAAUGCUUUGCUCGUAUUGGGAGAACGAGCAGCCAUACUACAAGGACGAACUGCUGACGGAGCUGGCUUCGGAGCAGCUGAAAAAUUCGAAGACCAAGACAAAAAAACCUGUUAGCACGACAAUCACCACGUUUGAGCCACGCAUUUCUCCCGUGUACUCGCUGGCAGUACAGUCGGAGUCGCACUGGCUGCUAAGCGGUUUGAAAAGUGGCGGGAUCACUCUCCAAAGCGUGCGCUUCAACGAGGGUGCAAUCCAGUAUUAUUUCAAGCACGGCAAGUCCGAGCACUCUCAUAGCGACACCGUCUCGUGUUUGCAACUCAACAACGACGAAAAGCGCUUUUUGAGUGGAUCCUGGGACAUGAAAAUCCUCGAAUGGGAUCUCAACACGGGCAAGACCAUCAACCUAUUCAACCAGUCCAAAGGACAGAUCUCGCACAUAGAAUAUAGACCUGUUGGCGGAGUGGACUUGCCGAUAAAUCAGGGAGAUGACGACAUGGACUCGCUUUUUGGAGACGACGAGGAGGAUGCCAAGAGGCAGCAGGAAGAACACGGCUCGAUUAAACAGGACAUUGAGAAGAUCCAGCAGGUUGCCACCCAGACGGGUAUGGCAACUGAAAUCCGGCGGUCUGAUCACGUGUUUCUCUCGUCGGCAGUCAACGGCACCGUCAAUGUGUGGGACUCGCGGCUGCCAACAGCGUCGAACGACGUGUCGACCAUCAGCAUACUGCCAGGAUCCACGCCGUGGUGCAUGUCUGCUGUGUGGUCGAACAACGGCAACUCGAUCUACGUGGGCCGACGUAACGCCGUGGUGGAAGAAUACGAUAUUCGGCGAACAGAUGAGGUCAAGCAGCAAAUCAAGUUCCCACUCGCGUCGGGCCCUAUCAGCGUGGUCAAGACGCUACCAAAUGAUAAUUAUCUACUCUGCGGCUGUCAAGACAACAUUCGACUUUACGACCUGCGGCUCUCUAGUAGCGCGCAGUCAGAGGAGCCUUCAAAGAAGAGGAAAAAAAUACCGUUCAUGAUUGUGCCCGGCCACAACGGCGGCAUCUUGAGCGAUCUCUAUGUCGAUCCUACGUGUCGAUUCAUGGUGAGCUCGAGCGGAAAUAGGGGCUGGCAGGGCAAAGCAAGCGACUAUGUUUUCAUCUAUGAGAUACUGGGAACCUGAGUCUAGAGCUUUGCCUUAAGGUUCUCGCUAGCAAGGGCCUCUUUGAGCUCACGAGCUGCCAGACCAAGGUAGUAGACCAUCUUGUCAGCCUCCAACCCUAGCUGGUUGUUCUUGAACACGGUCACAUUCACAUGCAGCCAGUCAUUGUUCACCAUAUAGGCAAGGCCAAGACCUUCUGGCACGACUGGUGCCCAACCGUACCCGUUGAACUGUUCCGAACUGAGUUGGGAGGUUGACAGGUACCAGUAUGACGAGUACGCAAAGAUGGGAUCUUUGAAAAAGUCGUGUUUCUCCUCCUCGCACAUUUGCGCAAGACCAAACAGAUGUCUGUCGACUCCGCGACCGUCGGAGGCAGCAGUGAUGUACUCGACAUGCGCAGAAGCUGCGUUGCGGAAAGCAGCGAUUUUCUGCUCCUUCGUGGCCGAAACGUCCUCCCACGUUCUCACAAAAUGUAACGACUCGUUAGAAACUGAACGGCACGUUUCUGUGCGGCCUGCAAAAUAUUUUCUCGUGGACGCAGACUCAUACGUGGGCCUUACAGUGCCCGUGUACUUGUAAUAGGCCAACUGGAUAAGCAUUUGGAUGAACGCGUCGGGCGAUGCCUUGAACAACUUGAUAUGCGAUUUUCCGAGCCCGUGGAACUGCCACACACGCAGGUCCAAUGCGUUGACAGUUUUGUCAAAAGAUGCUUUGGCAUCCUCAAUGGCGGUUUGUGUUUUCGGGGACACGUCAAACUGAAGCUCUCUGAAAAGCGGCGUGCUGUACGUGUCCUCCGGAGGCUGCAUUUUUUCCAGCUCACGCACCAGCCAGUCGUUCAUCCGGAGAGUCGGAGUGCCGUCCAUCUUGGAGUGCUCACCAAGAAACCCUGACGUGCCAUUUCGAGAAACAAAAAAUUGUACCGGCUUGUCGAACCACCUGUUGGUUCCGUUGCCGUGCCACGCAUUGCGAGACUGCUGCUCGAUCGUCGUUGGAUAGUCGUCGUCGAGACAGAGCACGAACGAUGACGCCUGAAUUGCCCGCAACGACUGCUUGUUUACCGGGCUCUUCGCAAGCUCUGCAUAGUUUGUAGCCCACACAUCGCGAUUUGUGGACGUGAGCGCACCGACCGCAUUCUUCACCGGUGGCAGUGUGUCUGAGUGGGUCCUAAUGGCCUGGAUGUUGGCAGCGAGAUCUGCCAGCCCAACACGCUCUCCGUCCACAUGGUGGAGCAGUUUGUAGAAUCUGUUGUUUGCAAUAACUAUCAUGUAUCUGUUUUGCUCGGGACUAAAGCGUGGAUUUGCGUCUCUGUCUGGCUCUGGCACCCUGCAAUUGUUAAACAUCCACUUAAAGCUUUCCAUACAGAACGGGUUAUUUUUGAUCAGCUCGGGUUCCAGUGUCUCUUUCUCUAUGGCCUCCAUGAAGUCAAGCGCCUUUGAUGCCAGGCAUGCGGCCUUGGUGACUUGAUCCUUGCCUAUUUUGGAAUUGAGCUCUUUGUGGUGGAAAAAGUAGGACACAAACGGCGAAACAGGGUCUCUGUAGGUGAGAUACGCAUAAUCGUCCCACCAAUGCGACAGCCAGUUGCGUUUAUCGGAGGCAAACUGCUCGAGCUUUUGCUGGAGCUUCGGACCCUGUGUUUUCGCAAAAUCGUCAAUCACAGAGCAGUACCGCAGAUACUCAGGGUCGCUCGCUCCGCGCACAUAGUACGGCUGGAUGGACCUCUUGUACCGUUCGAGCGUCUUGCUAAGAGGCGGCACCGGCAGAGAUGGCAGCCGGUCCUGGUGCUCGAAGAGUGAGCCUUUUGAGGUUCCGGACUUGUGUCUCACAGUCAUCCGCAGAGUCUUGAGCAUUGGCGAAGAAAAACUUAUCGUGGGGUAUUUAUAUUUGACAAUUGGCAUGUGAUACAUAGAUAAGAGAAAUACCAGCGGCGCUGUGCUUGAGCACUGCAAUUUAGGUUCCUUUAUACG